AUGGCGAUACAGCUAUGGCAGACUCUGAAAGAAGCAAUACAUGCUUACACCGGUCUCUCUCCGGUGGUCUUCUUCACCGCCCUCGCUCUCGCCUUCGCCGUUUACCAGGUCGUCUCUGGCUGGUUUGCCUCGCCGUUCGAUGAUGUUCGCCGACAUCAGAGGGCUAGAUCGGCGGUCGAAGAGGAGGAGCUACCUAUUCCUCCGCCUGUUCAGGUCGGUGAGAUCACGAAGGAGGAGCUUAAGCAGUACGAUGGCUCCGAUCCCAGUAAACCCCUUCUCAUGUCCAUCAAACACCAGAUCUAUGAUGUUACGCAAAGCAGGAUGUUCUAUGGACCAGGAGGACCAUAUGCUUUGUUUGCAGGGAAAGACGCAAGCCGAGCUCUUGCAAAGAUGUCAUUUGAGGAUAAAGACUUGACUUCGGAUAUCUCUGGUCUGGGUCCUUUUGAGCUAGAAGCUCUUCAAGACUGGGAGUACAAGUUCAUGAGCAAGUACGCCAAGGUUGGUACUGUCAAAGUGACCGAUUCUUCACAAUCUGAACCCGCAUCUGUGUCUGAACCCGCAGAGACUAGUGACCGAGAUGCUCAUGUAACCACGCCUGAGGAGACCGUUGUCGAUAAGAAUGCUCAUGUAGCCACGCCUGAGACAGCAGUUGUCGAUAAGAAUGAAGAGGCUUCUGCUGAGAGUGAUGUGAAGAAGGAAUAA